GGACAGAGUGCUCUCUUUUUCCUCCUCUCGCAUCUCCUUGUUUCCACCCCGACUGGCGGCUAGGGUUCCCGUCGGCGCCGCCACAGCCGCCGCUACCAUCCUUGCUCCGCCAUCUAUGGCCACCAGAGAAGGCGCCCUUCUGAGACCCGCUCUUUUCAAACCUUCUCGUCUUGGCGUCAAGGCGUGCUAUUCUGCCUGGCUGCCUUGGUGGUUGCAGAUGAGGGGGAGGAAGGGAUGGCAUCGAGGUGUCGAUGGAGGCCCUAGCUCGAGGCGGCGAGAUGCAGAGAUGCGGGAUGGUGCGGAUGGAGAGGCAGCUUCAGAUCCGCGCGCAGCCGCCCGCACUCUCCUUCCUCCGCCGCCUUCCCUGUGGUCAGCUCCGUCUUCUCCCCGCCCUCCAUCCUCAUGUGUUCAGCAGCAACCCUAGGAGGAGCUCGAGCCACAUCGGUGAAUGUUCUCUGCUAGGUUUGGUGCUACUACUCCGUCUUCGAUCCCAACCAUCUCGCACGUUCCCGAGAUCGUCGUCUUCCUGGCCGGGACCCCUGGUUUGUAAUUCAUGGCAUUUGGCGCAUCUGCGCUUAAAUUCUUGCUGGAAUGGUAAACAACGAUUCCAUUUGGUUACCAUCAACAAAAUGAAGAAAACCAACAAUUUAUUUUUGUAGUAAACGGCAAUACGAUGUGAAGGUAUUCAAGAGAAUCUGGUCUUAUUUUUCUGAUCCCUAUGGUCCCUGUGAAGCAUCAACUAUAUCAGCAUUUUGAAGCUUAGAAUGGCUAAUGCUGAUUGUUUAGAGCUUAGUUAUAAUGAUUUCUUGUGCAUCAGGUUAUAUUGUACAAGUGAUUGCAACUGAUUUAUUUUCAGAGUUAUUAUUAUUUACACGUAUAAGUUUAGGGCUGA